GUAACGGUGCUGAUUUGUCAAAUAGCCUGAGUGUGCAUGGCAUGGUAGACAAGAUAGCGGACGGUUCAGACAGCGAACUCAGCUGGACAUUUUGUAUCGCCCUUUAACGGACUUGAAAGUACACAAAUUAGGGCAUCGUGAGUGUCCUUUGACCGUUUAAGCGGCUGUCCGAGAGCGAGUUUUGGGCGUUUUGUCAUUUGCUCCGGCGUGCUAGCUAGGUUAGCUGCGCUUUUUGAAAAUGGCGGAUGUGUCAAGUGAGAAGAGCCUGGACGACUUCUUUGCCAAGCGGGAUAAAAAGAAGAAGAAAGAUAAGGGCAAGGGCAAGGAGGCCGCCGCCCCGUCGACGGGGGUGAUGAAAAAGAUGAAGAAGGAGUCUGAGAAGUCGUCAAAAAGCGACAGUCAAGACGCGCAUGUCGAAAAGGAGGACGAGGAGUGGAAAGUGUUUGAGCAAAAGGAAGUGGACUACAGCGGACUGCGGCUGCAAGCGUUGCAAAUCAGCGAUGAGAAGGAGGAAGAGGAGUACGUGCAGGAGGAGCUGGAUGAAGACGGGGAGAUCAUCGUUAGCGGCGGUGACAAGAUGUCCGGUCCGUGGAACAAGUCCAGUUCUGCUCCUGCCCCCGCGGCACCGGUUGAGGAAGUAGAGGUGCCAGAGUCAAAGCCUGCGGGCGUUUAUCGACCUCCAGGAGCUCGACUCACCACCUCAAAACGAGCCCAGAGCCAGGGACCCCCUGAGAUCUUCAGCGAUGCGCAGUUCCCCUCCCUGAUGGCCACCGGCAAGCACGUGGAGACUCGCAAGGAUCGAGAGAUGGAGAAGACGUUUGAGGUGGUGAAGCACAGGAGCCGCGGACGAGACGACAACAGCGGCGCCUCUGUGCAACACCUUCAACUGGACAACCAGUAUGCCGUGCUGGGUGACAAAUAAGGCCCGCUCCACGCCGCCAUUUUGGCCUGCUGGAAGGAGGCAGCUGAACUCCAGCUGUGCGAACUGCAGUCGCUGCCACCAAAAACAAACACACACACACACACACACACACUAACAUAAACUUGGCUGGCAAACGAAAAGGUCUGCACCUGAACACGGGACUAAUCGACUCCAAACAAGCACGCUGUGGUGGCAGCAAGAAGUGGCGAUGAGUACUUUGUGGGUCACGUGCAAAGCAGUGCUGGCGUGGUGCAGCUCCUCUCCGGACUUCUUCAGCUAGCUUUUUGAAGGCCCAAGACGACCUCAAGCGAGAUGAUUUUACAAACUUGCGUAAAAAAAAAAAAGGAAUCUCUAGACCAUUGUCUCUCUCUCUCUCUCUCUCUCUCUCUCACAGACACACAAAGUGAUGCGGGAUGCGUUUGGGCCUUCAGGAGGAGGAGGGGGACACUACCUGAAUCUGGUGGUGACCACGUGGACUCUGCUUUUUUUUUUUCUUUUUUUUUUCCUUUGCCAGGAUAAACAUACAAGCUGUCAGGAAGUUUCAUUCGCAAACUUAAGUGGUUAAUCCAUCAUGAAGACAACAUCGCCUCACUUAGAGUUCCUUAAUAAAGUGGCCUUAUGGAUACAAACAGCUGAAGCGCUACUGGAUCUUACCACUGCGACAAAAAAAAGAAGAAAAGGAAUGUUGUGCUUGAAGAUUUCAGCUAAGAACUCUUUCACAUCCACCAUUUGUUUCAGAUGCCCUUCAUUUGUUACUACCUAGGUGUUGGCUCCUUUUAAAACGCAUAAUAUUCAUAGCAUUUAAAACAAACCAUAACACUUUCAUGUUAAAUGCUUACUUAUUCAUUCACAUUUCAUUGCAUUUUAUUUACCGUACGUUAACUUUUUCAGUCAGACUCCAAACCCAAACAACUUUCUACUUUAAUAAAGUGUGAAUUGAAAAUUAGUUUUCCCAAUUGAUUUAGAGAUGUGAAGAGUUACUGUGCUUAAGUUGUGUUGCCUCAAUUCCAUACAUCAAGUACAGAAACUGCUGGUAUAUGCGUGGUGGAAGUAGAUGCUCGUGAUGGAAGACAUGAGCCAGUUUAACAAAUUAAAAAUGCUUAUGAAAGACGAAAAGCCAUUUGUUAUGUAUUUCCUCUCUAUCCAGCUAGGUGGCGAUAACGGCACACGAAGGCAGUCUAUCAUUCCUCACGCUUGGUUGGUGGCGAUAUUUACUUACCGGAAACGCAAUUGCUUCUACACGCGCAGAAUGCGUC